UCUGUGGUCACAUUCGAACGUCAUCCGUAUUUGUCCAUGUCCAAUAUUUGGCUGUAUUUUCUGUAGUUGUUUGUAAUAAUAGUAGGUAUAGUAGAAGUAGAGAUUGUUUGCUGUGAUUCUCGCUGCAAGGGUGUAGUUAAAUAAUAUUGUUUAUCAUAGUAUGACGUGAUUGCGAGGAAUAUUAUCAUUCGGUGUUUUAAGAAGUAGUCAUAUAAAUAAAAUAGUACUUAUGGAACUUUGAAGACACAUUUAACGAAUCAGUUUCGUCAUUACUUGAGAGGAAAGUCAGGGGCUGGUUGAGUGGAGUGAUAGACGACAUGCGGCGGAGCAGCCCUGUGCAGCAAUGGUUGGACUCCUUACCAGCCGAUGCAGAGCAUGUAACUGACCCAGUGGAACACCCAGUUGAAUCACCAGUGGAACUACAAGUUACAGACACAAAAUCUGAAGAAAGCAAGUCUGAACAAACUAUCACUGUAAAUACUGUAAUUGAACCAGCUGACAAGACAAUAGUAGAGCCCGCUGAAGACAGCUUCCAUGAUGACAAGAAUCUUGAUGUUCCUACACCCAAAGAUAUGUGGAAGAGGAAAUCUCUAGACAGUGCUGUAUUGACAAGUGGCCCUCAGAGUGGGUUGAAGAAGAGAUUGCAAAGAGAUCACUCAGUCCAGUCAGAAGGCUAUGUACCAAAGUUUAAAAAUCCUCUACUGAGAGAUCAUUCUUUACAGUCUGAUGCCAGUGGCUCCAGUGGUAGUUCUGUUCUAAAUGUGCUGGGUGCAAGAAAAGUGGAUGCUGAGUCUGUUUUAUUAGCAUUAGGUUUUGGCCCAAGUGAAAAACAACAAAAAUUACAAAGGAUACCUGAUAGAUUCUUAGUGCCAUCCAAGCUAAGAGGAAUUAGUACUGAACAGUUUAUCAAAGAUGAACAGCAUUCUAUGCGGAUGCAUGACUGUGGAGUAUUUGGUUACAGAGGAUUAACUGGGAAUCCUCAUGUUCCACCGUCAACAAUUGUAGCUAAGAUAAUGGAAUGUAUUUUGCAAGACGAAGUAUGUCGUGAGGAGGCGUUGAUGAAGGCUCGGCACUCCAUCGCAGACAUGCGCACCCCUGCCAUACACGCCCGCCUCGCCGCCGCAUCACGCCUCCGCCAUAACUGAACACUGCCUCAACAUAAUAAUCAAAGUAAUAUACCUAAUUUUACUGGAAAGGUAGACUUGCCGAUAACAUCCUUUUAGCCGGGAAUAAAUUAAACGCUUCUCGAAUAAUUUCACACAUUGCUGUGUUUUAGAUCUGAACUCUCCUACUUAUUAAUAGCUAUAUUACGGUUUGCAUUCGAUUAACAUUAGGUAGGUAUGAUACGUGAGAUAUGUUAUUUGCUGUUCUUAGGUUCCUUUGACUUUGGUGACCACAAAGCGCCUUUUUUAAAGCAAAUUCUGGAUUCGAUUACGUUCACCUUGACUAUUGUCGUGCUAUUGUCUGCGAAUCGAAUACCUAAAAGAUUAUUUAUUCAUAGGUAUAAUCAUGUUGGAAUUUGUUUAAAAUUUUAUUUUAAUGUUUACGUUAAAAUGCCAAAAGACAAGAACAUAAUAAAUUAAGAAUUGUUAUUAAGUAGGUAAGUAUAUUAUUUUACAUUAUUAUGACAGUGAAGAAUUACUUAUUUAUUUUAUUAGAAAAGUUUGACAUUUAUUAUUAUUAUUUUAAAAUAUUUUAUUAAGCGUAGUUGCUCUAAAUCUAAUAAAUAAUAAAGUUUACGUAUUUUUAGUAGAACGUCAAAGUUCUGAUGUGGUGUCCAUAAUUAUUAUUUCUUCGAAUAAAAUUUAUUUAUGAAUUUUAUGACAAAAGAUACCACUUAUUGCAGUAGAUAAAACUAUAAAAAAUACUGAUAUACUGGGUGUUAGUGACAUCG